UGUGUCAUGUGACUGAUAAAAUGGCAGACGCUCAGCGAUACAAAGAUAAAGUUGCAGUAAUAACAGGCGGUUCCAAGGGUAUCGGGAAAGGUUGUGUAGAAACUUUUGUUAAAAAUGGUGCCAAAGUUGUGUUCUGUUCCAGAGGAGAGAAAGAAGGAAAGGAAGUGGAAUCAGAGAUGAAUUCUUUAGGUCCUGGAGAAGCUUAUUUUGUACAGUGUGAUGUGACCAAAGAAUCAGAUAUAAAGAAUGUGAUAGACCAAACAGUAAACAGAUACGGAAGAAUUGACUGCCUCAUUAACAAUGCUGGACAGCAUCCAGCACACAUGCCUAUAGAUGAUUUUAGUGCAGAUGAUUUCAGGAAACUUCUAAAUACAAAUGUUGUUAACUAUUUCCUAUUUUCAAAGUUUGCAUUACCACACUUAAGAAAAACAGAAGGUAAUAUCAUCAAUGAUUCUAGUUUGGUUGCACAGAUAGGACAACAAGGCGCUGUAACUUAUGUGGCUACAAAGGGCGCUAUAACAGCAAUGACCAAAGCUCUGGCAAUUGAUGAGGCAAAGUACAAUGUCCGAGUAAACUCUGUUUCUCCUGGAAAUGUUUGGACACCUAUGUGGGAGGCUGGAGCUAAUUCAUUUAGUGACCCGGAGGCAGCCAAAAAGGCAGGUGCAGAUGCUCAGUUGAUUGGUCGAUAUGGUACAUUAGAAGAAAGUGGUUUAGCUUUCCUAUAUCUGGCAGCUGAUGCAACAUUCUGUACAGGAAUAGACCUCAACCUAUCAGGAGGGGCGGAAUUAAAUUAUGCAAAUAAGAAUCAAAAAGGGGAAAAGAAAUCUACAUAUGACUAGAAUGCAGAUAUAUUUGAUUUCAUAUUAUAUUUGCAAGGUGUGGGAGUUGGGAGUGAUUUAUACAAGGCAAAGAGGGGUGUUGGUAUAUAAUAAAUGAACUAGUACAGUGUAUAUAUGUAAU